CAUUAUAAAUUUCUUCUUUUUCAGUCUACCAAACUUGAUGUGGAAGUUGAAGAUUGCAAAAGGACAAGAUGAUCGAUACUUGUAUAGUACAAAUAACUAUAUUGGACGACAAAUAUGGGAGUUCGAUCCAAAUGCUGGAACAAUAGAAGAACAAGCCAAAAUCGAAGAGGCACGUCAACAUUAUUGGAACAAUCGUUACAAAGUUAAGCCUAAUAGUGAUCUUCUUUGGAGAAUGCAGUUUUUGAGAGAGAAGAAUUUCAAACAGAGAAUUGGAGCAGUAAAAGUAGAAGAAGGAGAAGAAAUUAGCCAUGAAAUUGCUACAAUUGCAUUGCGUAGAGCUGUUCAUUUCUUCUCAGCUUUACAGGCUACUGAUGGACAUUGGCCUGCUGAAAAUGCCGGACUUCUCUUCUUUCUUCCACCUCUCGUUAUGUGUAUGUAUAUCACUGGGCAUCUUAAUACUGUAUUUCCAGCUGAACAUCGAAAGGAAAUUCUUCGUUAUAUAUACUGUCACCAGAAUGAAGAUGGCGGAUGGGGGUUGCAUAUAGAAGGUCACAGUACAAUGUUUUGUACAGCUCUGAGUUAUAUUUGCAUGAGGAUCCUUGGAGAAGGACCAGACGGUGGCGAAAGAAAUGCGUGUGCUAGAGCGAGGAAAUGGAUUCUUGAUCAUGGUAGCGUUACUGCGAUUCCUUCUUCGGGGAAAAUAUGGCUCUCGAUUCUUGGAGCUUUUGAGUGGUUAGGAACCAAUCCAAUUCCUCCCGAGUUUUAUAUUCUUCCUUCUUUUCUUCCAAUGCAUCCAGCAAAAAUGUGGUGUUACAGUCGAAUAUUUUACAUGCCACUGUCUUAUCUCUAUGGUAAGAGAUUUGUUGGUCCAAUCACACCUCUCAUUUUGCAAUUGAGGGAAGAGUUAUAUGAUCAACCAUACAAUGAAAUCAACUGGAAAAGAGUACGCCAUCUAUGUGCAAAGGAGGAUCUCUAUUACCCUCAUCCACUGGUUCAGGACUUGAUGUGGGACACUCUCUACUUUUUUUACGAGCCUUUAUUGACUCGUUGGCCUUUCAACAAGCUGAGAAAUAAAGCUCUUGAGGUUACGAUGAAACAUCUUCAUUAUGAAGACGAGAAUAGUCGAUACAUCACUGUUCAAUGUGUCAAUAAAGUACUGUGUAUGCUUGCUUGUUGGGUUGAGGAUCCAAACGGCAGUUAUUUCAAAAAACAUCUUGCUCGGGUUCCAGAUUAUUUAUGGGUAGCUGAAGAUGGGAUGAAAAUGCAGAAUAGCGGUAGUCAAUCAUGGGAUACUAGUUUUGCUAUUCAAGCACUAUUGGCCAGUGAGAUGAACGAUGAGAUAUCAGAUACUCUUAGAAAAGGACACGACUUCAUAAAAAAAUCUCAGGUAAAGGAUAAUCCUUCUGGUGAUUUUAGAGGGAUGUAUCGGCAUAUUUCAAAAGGAUCGUGGACUUUUUCAGAUCAAGAUUAUGGAUGGCAGUCAUCUGAUACCACUGCCGAAGCAUUAAGGUGCUGCCUUUUUUUCUCUACAAUGCCAUCUAAAUUAGUUGGUGAGGCAAUGGAACCUGCACGACUGUAUGACUCGGUGAACGUUAUUCUUUCCUUACAGAGCAAAAAUGGCGGUUUAGCAGCAUGGGAGCCUGCAGGGACCUCAAAGUAUUUGGAGUUGCUCAAUCCUACUGAAAUAUUUGAGGACGUCGUCAUCGAGCAUGAGUAUGUUGAGUGCACUGGCUCAUCAAUACAAGCACUUGUUCAUUUUAAGAAGCUAUACCCUGGACACCGAACCACGGAGAUCGACAAUUUCAUUGAUAAUGCUGUUAAAUAUAUUGAAAAUGUACAGAGGCCUGAUGGUUCAUGGUAUGGUUUCUGGGGUGUGUGCUUUACAUAUGCUUCCUGGUUUGCUCUUGGAGGGCUUGCUGCAGCAGGCAAGAGUUACAGCAACUCUGCAGCUGUUCGUAAAGGCGUUGACUUUCUGCUACAAAGACAAAGGUCUGAUGGUGGUUGGGGAGAAAGCUACCAUUCUUGUCCCGACAAGGUAUAUAGAGAGCUUGAAACAGAACACUCGAAUCUUGUACAAACUGCAUGGGCAUUGAUGGGAUUGAUUCACUCUGGCCAGGCUGAUAGAGAUCCAAAACCCCUCCACCGUGCGGCAAGGCUUUUGAUUAAUUCUCAGAUGGAAGAUGGUGACUUCCCACAACAGGAAAUAACUGGAGCUUUCAUGAAGAAUUGCAUGUUGCACUAUGCAACAUUUAGAAAUAUAUUUCCAUUGUGGGGUUUGGCUGAAUACCGCAAAAAUGUUUCAGUAUCAUUAAAAAACAGCUAAAGAUAUAUUACAUUAGUUAUAUCUUAAGAAAUAAAUAAGGGAAAAUGUACAAGUACAACCUCAAUCUAUGUCCGAAAUUUCAGAGACACACUUAUAUUAUUUUAAGGUCCUAUUUUCCCCCUGAACUUAU